AAAAGGCCUCGAAACUUUCAGAUAUCUCGUUUUUCUAGUUUUCUAAAAUAAAAGUCUGCUUUUAACGAACUUAAUUAUUAUUUUCCUUCAAUAUCAUCAUUGUGUUGAUCCAUAGAAAACCGAAAUGAGUUUGUUUUAGUGAGAAUAAAAGUUUGUGAAGUUAUUGUGAUGGUGCCUCAGCAACAACGGAGAAGACGUCGCCGUGCGGCUCUGGCUCGGACAGCUGAGCGCCGUGUUGUUGUCGCGCGUGGAGCUGGGGGCUUCGGCUUUACGAUAGCAGGCCAGCGACCUUGCGUGGUAUCAGCUGUGGCUGCUGGCGGACCGGCGGAGCGCGCUGGUCUACGUGCAGGGGAUGCGCUGUUGGCUGUGGAUGGGGCGAGUGUAGCUAGAGCUCCACAUGCCUCCGUGGCUCGUUUAGUGGCUGCUGCACCGGGAGCGAUAGCUCUGUCAGUGUCUCCUCGUGAGGCACCACCUACUGACACUGAGGAUACGGAGCCGGAUGAGCGAGCGAGGACUCGGAGGCGACAUCCUCCGCCCAGACGUAGGCCUCAAGCUAUGCUGCAUCACCCUGGCUGUCACGCAGCACCGAGUACGUCUGGUGUUAACGAAAUACUUCAGAACCUGAGCAGGGCUCAGCUAACUCCCAACCACGCAGCCAGGCUUGAGUGCCGCGCCGUCGUCGGCUACCUCGGCACCAUAGAAACACCACAAGCUGCUCCCAAUGCUGCCCCUGGAAAUGUACGAACAGCCGUGAGAAAACUUCGACAAGAGAGGCGUCCAGCUGCACCUGUGUUACUAUCUGUCCUUCCAAACUCUUUAGUACUUCGUCGCCCAACCGGUCAAGUUUUAGCUCAAUAUCAACGUGAGAGAAUUGUGUACGCGGGAUGUGGUUCUGACGCUGAUAGAAGGUACUUCGGCCUUGUGACGUCAGCUGAAACUGCUGAGGCUGAAGCCUCACACAGUUGCCAUGUGUUCGCGGUGGACCCCAGAAUGGCAGAACACGAGGCCCAUGCGGCUAGAGCUAGAGAAUUCCAAAUCGUGUGCACGAGAGACCCAGUAGCCGAGAGAUGUCUGGAGUUCCCACCAUCAGCAGAGUAUGUUAUUGGCGUUAUCAGAGGAAUGUACUCUUUACCAGCAGAGGAUUGCGCUAGCCCUAAUUUGCAGCAGAUCUCGAAACUUACGAUAAAAGGAGAUAGUCCUGCAUUGGGUAACUUUUCGAGAUGUAAUAGACCUGUGUUCCGCGUGCCGCGAGACAGACGGCCUUGUAGACACGAGGAGAGAGUAGAAGCUCAGGAUUUCGUUGCUAACUCUCCUCAACCGAGCAACCACAGCGAAGUAACAACUACAUCGAGUAACAGCGACUCUGGUAUCGGCUUUCAUAACGAUUGUCGGAACAUUGCAGAUAGAAUCUUAGUGGUUGAUUUUGCUGGCCAACAACCGGCACCGAACAGAUUUCGGCAAGACAUGCCGCGACGGCCAAUCGGGCUUGUCGGUUGCAGUAGCUUCGAAGCUGAUGGGUCCUUCCUGUCAAACACGACCCCUGUCGUAGACGGCUUUGGAGGGCAGGGGAGACCUUUGAACCUGGACGAUGUGAUCCUCAACGCGAAUGACCUUCAAACCGUCCGCCACGUAAGUCCUCGAAACGAAGACGAUAACUAUAACUACAAUAAUCUAUACGGGAACAUACCUUCUAGUUCUCGAGGGAACCCGGGCUAUGUGAAUGGAGCAGUUUAUGAUCAGGUAUACACUGAAACAGAAGGUCACCAUUACGAGUUCAUUCCACCGCAAUUAGACAUGGACUUGGAGAUAGAUAGAGUGGCAGAAACAUUUAACUCAGUGGAGAUCUAUGAGGAGAGGCCUCGACAGCCUCCGGAGUGGCAGUCGACGGAGUCAGUUGAGAAUGAGACGGUGAUAUCUGGCGGGACCAGUAAAGCCAGCAUGGACACUGUGUCCAUGUACUCUUCUAGGUCUCAUGAGGAAGCCAGACCAUCUCGCAGGAGACAUAUGCAAGCCUCGCUUGAUGAUAUGCUGGUCUUGGGAUUAAGAGAUCCACCUCCAGUGAGAGACAAGGAUGAUGAUAAUUUCGUACAUCCCGCAAGUAUCAAAUUCAAGGUACGCAAAUCAAUGAAGCCUCUAAAUAUAAUAUCGAAGACAAAGAACAUGCUAUCAGGCAAGGAUCGGGAGCGGGAGAAGGAGGAGCGGCGCCGGGCGCUGAGCGCCAGUGCGGGCGAUGUUUGUGGACCUAGUCGACAGCCUGACAUACUACCGGCUGCUAACAGCGAGCCUGACUUGAGGGGACAGAGCGAGCAAUCCUCGCCAUUCCGUCGCUGGACCACGGGCAGCGGCGCAGGCAGCUCCUACCGCCACCACGAACACCGCAAUAUGUAUAAUAAGCAAAUGAGCGAGGGUGCAGCGCCAGUGGCGACCACAAACGGCGGCGGCUCCAACGUGUCGCGCUGGUCUCUGGGGCUGGAGCACCUGCUAGCAGACCCUGCAGGGUUCGAAGCUUUCGCGCACUUCCUCGCCAAGGAGUUCGCCGCUGAAAACAUACGUUUCUGGUGGUCAUGUGAGCAGUACAGCGCUAUAUCAGAGCCAGAACGUCGCGGUGCACUGGCAGCUGAGAUCUGGCAGCGCCACCUGGCGGACAAGGCGCCGGAGCCCGUCAACGUGGACGCGGCCGCCCGCCGCGCCGCCAAACUUAUGUUGGAGACACAUCCACCACCAGCCGAGCUCUUCCAACAGGCUCAGAAGCAGAUCUUCAACGUGAUGAAGUUUGACAGCUACCCUCGCUUCCUCCGCUCCGGUAUACACGCGGAGUGCGCCCGCGCAGACCUGCGCGGACUGCCGCAACCUUACGCCCCCGCCAGGGAUAAUAAUGCUGAACCUACUAAGUUAAAGAAGUCAGAUAGCAAUGCGUCCGAGCGACGUCGCAGCGGCGGCGGCUCGCUGCUGCCGUGGAAGACGCGCGGCGGACGCGAGCGGGCCAACGGGCCGCACCGCGACACUCCGCCCGUCACUGACGUGGUGAAAUCUAGCCAAUCAGUUCCUGGGCAGAGCCUAUGUCGCGUGGUACUACCAGAUGGCGCCACGUCCGUGGUGGGAGUGGAGGACUCCACGACAGUACGGCGACUGGUGGACCGACUACUGCUGAGGAGGAACCUGCCCUGUGCCAACUAUGAUGUACUGCUUAAGGAUGCUAGUCAGGGUACAUCGAGCACGGUGGAGCUGUCGUCCCCGUCGUCGGUGCUGUGCGGGCGCGAGGCGGUGGUGGAGCGGCGCUGCGUGGUGCGGCUGGAGCUGGGCGCGCGCGGCGUGGCCGUCCGCUGCGGCCCGGCGCGCCGGCUGCGCCACGUGCUGCGCCCCGUGCUCGCCAAGUACGCCGCGCCACACCCCACCAGGGUCGUGCUGAGGGAUGGAAGGGUUCUGCAUCCUGAUACGCUUAUGCAGGAACUAGACGGCUCUCGUCUCCAAAUAGUGGAAGUAUCAGAGAACGGCGAGUACCGCGCCACUACAGCGGAGCCCCGCGAUGUCGAUGAUGACACCGACUCACUCAGCGACCUCGCCGUCAGACUGCAGGACGACGCCAUGAGACAACCUGAUGAAAUGAGUGUGGGCACGGCCAGUGGCAGUAGUCGCGGCAGCGGCGGCGGACGAGUGCGCGCCGCCCUGCGGCCGGGACCUCCGCUGCAUCAUCACCCACCUGAUUUCCUCGCGAAUCUACGAGAGACCCAGCGGCAGAUGCUACAGAACAAGGGUUCGACGUCUCCACCCCCCUCCCCCGGGCCGACGCCCCGCUCCCCGCCCCCGCUGCCCCCCAAGCCGACCCAGCGCGCCCCCCCUACCGUCGUCUGAAGGCCGUCCUCGCCCGCGCCGGCGCAUGAUCACACGCACGACUUCUACAAGUCACAACUUCGGGACCGAAGUAGCCGACCCACUGCUCACAAGACGGACGGAAUCCGUCGAUAACUCAGUUUUUGACACAACUGAGACUAAUGAGCCAUGUCGGCCCCCUUACCUAGACUCCCAAGUCAAGGAUUGUCAAAUUACUUCGAACACAACAAACAUUCUGAGUUAACAUAUCUCUUGUACUAUAAGAAGCUCUACACCGAUGGGAAUGUUCAAGGAAUUGUGUAAAUAUAGCUGUUAAUGAGCUAAUUCAAUAAAUCUCAAUAUUUAUUUAAUGUACAAAGAUUUUGCCAUCGUAUGAUCCUAAAGACUAAUGGCGUAGCGGCGAUUUACAUUGAAAUAUAAGAUUAUCUGAACAUCCAAUAAUGCGACAAUAGCAAAAAGACAUAUUCCUAGAACCAAAGUGUUUUUGUAAUUCAUAUUUCAAUGUAAACGCCCGUAUGAAGCAAAGAUCACGUAAAUGUAGCUAUAAUAAUGUACAUUAACAUUAUUUGUAUCUAAAUACAAUAUUUGUAUUAAUUUUGGUGCCUUCCAUAGAUAUAAGACUGCACUAACCUACGGAUGAAUGGGAAUAUUGUAAAAUGACUCGUUUACACAAGAAGAGCAUUUUAAAAUAUCAUUAGUUCCAUUGUAAAUAAAAAAUUGUAAAGAAAUUGUUAAAGAAUCUAUUUUAUGUCGAUUUUCAUGAAUGAAUUGUGUGAAAUCGUAUUUAGACUGAAUAAAUGAACAAACUUAAUUUAAAUUCAAGAUUAGUUUGAAACAUGACUUUUAAAUCUCAUAUUUGGAAUCUUUACACAUUUUGUGGAUGUAAGGAAUCGAUUUUGUUGAACUUUGCAUUUAGCCCCAAAACCCAGUGAGUUGUACUUCAAACCGAUUCAAAUGGCAGUUAUUUUGAUGUUCAUAGAUAACAUUUUAUGUAACAACUAUUAAACUGGCAAUAGUUGAAAAGACAAGAAUUAUUUUGUUGUACACGAGGCUACACAUCGAGCUUUACAUAACCAGUAUAAACUGAACGUUAAAUGUGCGGAAAGAUGAUGCGACGCGACACCAGGAUAAAAUGGUCUUGUAUAGAUUGACGUGUGGCUUGUGUACAUAGAAUUUUGUGAUUUAGUCCCAACGCUUUAGAGUUGAAUGUCAGAAAAAAUAAUAACAUUUAUUCAGUGAAUUAUUUUCUUGUCUUUGAAACUUUGUUAAGUUUAGAAUCAGUUUCAUAUUCCUACUAACAGAAACGUUUGCCCAAUAGUCAAGUAAAUAAUUUAUUUAGAUCAAAGCGAAUUAUUUCGCUGUGAAUAGAUUUUAUUGAAAUAAAAUUAUUAUUGAUAAGA